AUGCAGAGUAACACUGAUUCCAGCGGUGCCAGUGGCACAUACAGCCAAACGGUCGGUCUCCUCUACGUUUUCAAUUUGAUUGUCGGAACUGGUGCAUUGGCCCUCCCUAAAGCAUUUCAGUCGGCUGGAUGGCUCCUCAGUAUCACUCUUCUCACAUUUUCAGCGUUCAUGAGCUAUGUCGCCGCAACUUUCGUCAUCGAAGCUCUAUCCGUCGCCAACGCAGUUCUCUCCAAAAAACGACGUGUUGAAUAUGACGAUGUUGUUGUCGCUGAUGGACCGUCUACUUUCGAAAUUGCUAAGAAAGUUGAAGUGAGUGAAAUGGCAUCCAUGUUCUUGUCGAAGGUCUCGUUGGUGUUUUCGUAUUUUGCGAUCAUUAUCUACUUGUUUGGUGAUCUCGCGAUUUAUUCGACUACGGUUCCGAAAUCUGCCAUGAACAUUGUCUGCUCAACUAUCAAUGCAUCGAUCGUCAAAUCAUCGGAUCCAUGUCAUGAGUCGUGGCCAGAGAUUCUCACAAGAAUGACUGUCUACCGCUUUUUUGUGAUCAUUUUUGUGGUUGUCGUUUGUCUCCCAAUGGUUAUUGCUGGAAUCACGAAGACUCGUCACAUUCAGAUCAUGACUACGCUUUCAAGAUGGGCUGCUUUCAUCCUGAUGAUCUCAUUGGCAACGAUGCAACUGUCCAGCCAGGGAGCUGCCGCACACCCACCUGCAUAUAACUUCCAUGGAUUCGGAUCGCUCUUUGGUUGUGCAGUCUACGCUUUCAUGUGCCAUCACAGUAUUCCAUCUCUCAUCACUCCAAUGAGAUCGAAAGAAAAUGUUUUUGGAAAAAUUGCUGUUGUUUAUGGAAUCGUCGGAGUCUUCUACUUCACUCUUUCCCUUACCGGAGCAUUUGCUUUUGAGCAUGUGCAAGACAUCUACACACUCAACUUCCUUCACGAUGACAACACCUCUUUUGUCUACUCCAUCAUCGAUUACUUCUUGGCUCUGUUUCCAAUCAUCACUCUCACUUCAAGUUACCCUAUCAUUGCACUCACUUUGAUCAAUAAUUUCAAAGUGGUCAAAGACAUUUUGUGUCCAAAGACUGGGCAAGAGAACGAGUCGCUGCUCGAAGAGGACAACCAAGUCGAGGACAAUGAUACCGACGAUGAGAGAGACACGAGAAACGCAAGAAGCGAGAGAACUGUGUUCGAUGUGCUUGUCCCCACACUGGUAUUGGCUCUCCCAACUUUCUUGAGUCUUUUGACAGACGAUAUGCUGCUUCUUGCCUCCAUCACUGGAAGUUUCCCAGGUGUUGCUGUGCAAUUCGCCAUUCCAUGUCUCCUUGUCACAGCUGCCCGCAAACACGCCAGAUCGGUGCUCAACUUCCCGGUUCCUCGCAAGAACAACAGUCCGUUCCAAAGCCCAAUCUGGAUUGUUCUCAUCUCGUCUUGGGCUGGAUUCUCCAUGAUUAUGGUACUUUUGAACCUUGUCGGAGUCAAGUUCUAA